GCAGCGGCUGCGGCGACGACGACGCACACGGACGGUAGUACGGCGGAAGGUGUCGCUUGUGCUUGUCUGUCGCCAUUUAUAUGUAACGUUCGCCGAAAUGUUCAUCUCGACUUAAGUGAUUAUUUAACAUAAGAAGCACAGGGUCGACAGUUUGAAGUUUUUAAGACGCCAUACAUCUUGUCGAAUUGUCAGUGUUGUGUUUGUUUUGAAGAGAAAAAGACGUUGUCGCUGUAAAUAGCUAGCAUAGCCUAGUUCCCCACAGCUUAGCACCUUUAACUAGCUUCAGCUUGGGGUUUAAGAGAAAAAAACUCCAUUUGUUAGUGACCCUUGUGACUAAUUAUCGGGUGUAUUUUAAACAAGAACAUUCUGGGAGUUUAUUUAUCUGAGUUUUGGUGAUUUAAGUAGCCGAGUCAGUGUUGCUAGCAUAACUAGCUUGCUCCAUCACGCCCCUUCAGCUCUGCACAGGCGCCGCUUUCCGCUAACAAACUCCUCUCUUUUUGCACAAAGACUCCUCUAGUUUCUUCUUUUCCUUCUUUUUUCUUUUUGCACAACACUGAGUUUGUGUAACUGGAUAACAUCUGGACACGGAUUUUGCGGUGAAGCUGGAGACACCGCACAUCUCCGGCUGAACAAGUUAUUUGUCUCCCACCCUUGUGGUGCGAGCAACCCCGACCUCGUUUUUCAAGCCGAGCUCGCGCACAGAGCUGCCGGUUAUCCAUCAGUGAUGUCUGAAGGAGAAGCUAAACAAGCUCCCGCUCCGACCUCCACCAUGGAGGCGAAGUCCGAGGCAGUGGCCCCAGCGCCGACCGGUCAGGGCGUCUCGUCGGUGUCUCCCCCGGUGUCCACGGUAACGCAGGCUCCACCAGCAGCUACAACAGCGACCGAAGACGAAGAAGAGGAGAGCGAAGACGAGUCCGAGAUCCUGGAAGAGAGCCCGUGUGGACGCUGGCAGAAACGCAGAGAGGAGGUCAACCAGCGAAAUGUUCCAGGCAUCGACAACGCCUACCUGGCCAUGGACACAGAGGAGGGUGUGGAGGUGGUGUGGAAUGAGGUCAUGUUCUCCGAAAGGAAGAACUUCAAACUGCAGGAGGAAAAAGUGAAAGCAGUUUUCGAUAACCUGAUUCAGCUGGAGCAUUUGAAUAUCGUGAAGUUUCACAAAUACUGGGCCGACGUGAAGGAGAACAGAGCCAGAGUUAUUUUUAUAACAGAGUACAUGUCCUCAGGGAGUCUGAAGCAGUUUCUGAAAAAGACAAAGAAAAAUCACAAGACUAUGAAUGAAAAGGCAUGGAAACGGUGGUGUACUCAGAUAUUAUCUGCUUUAAGUUACCUGCAUUCAUGUGAACCCCCCAUCAUCCAUGGGAACCUGACCUGUGACACCAUCUUCAUACAGCACAACGGCCUCAUCAAGAUCGGCUCAGUUGCUCCAGACACCAUUAAUAAUCACGUUAAAACGUGUCGGGAGGAACAGAAGAGUUUGCAUUUCUUUGCACCAGAAUAUGGAGCUGUUGCUAACGUCACCACGGCCGUGGACAUUUAUUCCUUUGGAAUGUGCGCCUUAGAGAUGGCUGUGCUGGAGAUUAGUAAUGGAGAGUCGUCAUAUGUGUCACCAGAAGCCAUUAACAGUGCCAUCCAGUCCUUGGAGGACCCCCUGCAGAGAGAGUUUAUUCAGAAGUGUCUGGAGGUGGACCCCAGUAAGAGGCCCACAGCCAGAGAGCUGCUUUUCCACCAGGCUCUGUUCGAGGUGCCUCAGCUGAAGCUCCUGGCGGCGCACUGCAUCGUCAGCCACCAGCACAUGAUCCCUGAAAACGCUUUAGAGGAAAUGACUAAGAACAUGGACCCCAAUCGGGUGAUCAUGGAAAGGAAGGAAGUGCAGCUGAAGUUGUCCCAGUUUCCAGCACUGGAACUUGACAAGUUCCUAGAAGAUGUGAGGAACGGGAUCUAUCCGCUGACGGCGUUUGGCAUGCCUUGCCCUCAACAGCCCCAGCAAGAAGCAGUGAAGUCCCCCAUCGUCCCGCCCUCUGUGAAAACACCCACGCCAGAACCUGCAGAACUCGAGACCAGGAAGGUGCUUCAGAUGCACUGCAACAUUGAGCCUGUGGAGGAAGGAGCAAAACAUCAUUUGACCUUACUGCUAAAGCUGGAAGAUAAGCUGAAUAGACAUUUGAGUUGUGAUUUGGCACCAACAGACGAGAAUGUGCAGGAGCUGGCAGUGGAGCUGGUCCAGCUUGGCUUCAUCAGCGAGGGCGAUCAGCCGCGUCUCACCACCGUGCUGGAGGAGGCCUUCUCGAAGUUCUACAGCCGUAACGGCUCUCUGAAUCCUGUUACUGUUUCCUCGUAGCAGAGGGGUGGAGACGGGUGCCUCUGUUCUCCGCUGCUCCUCAUCCUCACACACAGGACAGGACUCUAGUGCUUGAUCACUCGAAGGACUGGGUGGAAGCUGGGGGUUUUUUUUGCAGGGAACGGAUCAGGAGACCUCGACCGGCGCUCACACGACGAUUCCCGCAUUUCUGUUGUUCUUCACGCCGCUGUAGGUGGCAGAAACUGUUGCCUGACGUUUGUGUACAUUUAUUCCUCUCCGUGUAGCCACCUGCUUCUCUGAGAAACAACAGUUAUUGUUCAAGUCAGUAUUACAACCUGUGUUCUUUUUAUUUUGUUUUUUUAUUUUUACUUACAGUAUCUAUGUGGGAUGGGCCAUGGUUCAGGUUUUUUUUUGUUGUUUUGUUUUUUUUGGCAGUUUAUUAUCAGAACAAGCCCUUCAUGGUGUUUUUUUUUUAGAAGCACAUUAUGUGUGCAUAUGAUUUGGUCUCAUGUCCUGCUCUUUAAACGAGAAGGAACCAGUCGUUUACUGCUUUAACAAGUUCUCAUGACACACCACGUGACCUGGUGGUUAUUGUUCGAGCUUUUAAAGGUGCAAUGAUUAAGUUUUUUUCUUUAACAUUAUAUCCACUUAAAAAGGUCAUAAAAUGAAACAAAAUGAAGCGUCAUUAAGCCACUGUUAAGGAUCUCCUAUUCCUAGUAGGUUUUUAAAUUCUUUAGUUUUUUUUUUUUUCUUCGUAACCCUGUGGCAGAUGUAUCCCAAAGGUACGAUUAGGUGUUUAUUCUGUUACAAGCGCUUUAUGCGCGUUAAUAAGCAGUUGAUUUCGAUUGCAGCCGCUUUAAAGGAAAAAUCUUAAUUAGAGCAUCUUUAAUAUAAUUCUAUAGAAUUAACUGUGGUUAAAUGCAAAAUUCACUUAAGCCAAUACUGUGAAAGGGAGGGGCUGUCAGUGUUUAGGGGGGGGAGGGCCAGGGGCUAGCAGAUUAUUUAUCAUUUACGUGAUAUACUUAUGGAAUUAAGACGUGUUUCACUCUCAGCGUUUUAGCAACUAUUUGUGAAUGUAUGAAUUUCUUUCAUUUGCUGUAUAUUUUUACCAAUGAGGUGUGUUUGCGUGUGUGAGGAAAGGGCACUCGAUUUUGAAAGUUUUUCCCCGCUACUUUCACAAAUCUACAAAUUAUUAUUUGUUAAAAUGUGCCUUCUACAGAUGAAGAGUUGAUUCUGGUUUGAGAAAGGCAGGCAUUCAACACAUUUCCGGCGCUCGUUUUCUGGUCACUGAUACGUUGCUAGUUACAUGCUUAAGACAUGCAUGCAUGGAUAAAUAGAUCAGUCGAGCUCCCUUUUGCUAACACUUGGAUGCAGAACAUGCUUUUCAUGAGGUAAAGUGAGUCUUUUUUUUUUUCUUUUUUUAAACUAGAGGAAGGUUUGAAGGGAACGUUACGAAGACGUAACUGCAUAGAAACAUUCGAGUAAAGGAGAGGUCCAGCUUGCUGCUGGUUUGCACACUUGUAAAGCAUUUCCCCCCCCCCACACAUAUACUGUAUAAUAAAACACUUGGGUUGUGAUUGUGUUGGGCUUCUGAACAACAUUUGCAGUAAAAACAUCAACGGUUAAAAUAUAAGGAUCUGAUUUAAGAGCUGUUCUUGUCCAUCCUUUCUUGCCUUUUAGUAUUAUCAAAUUCAGACUAGCAAACUUUGAUCGGUUGGUCAGUCAAUCAGUCGAUCAGGUGAGAUAUCAUAGCCUUAAUCAUUGAGUAAAAAAAUAUCACGUAAACCAGAGGUGACCUUGUUGAGUUUUGAUCAGCUGGAAUACAACACGACUUAUUGAACACCACUUAUUCAAGUUAUAGAGCAUACGUUCUUCAACAAAAAAAACCUAUUACAAGAACACGCAGAAGAAAAGGGGCGUCUUUGUUCAGAAGCACAUCACGCUCCUGUGUGCUAUACACACUGGCCAGAAAUCUGUAAAAAAAAAAAAAAAAAAAUUAAUAAUAAUGUCCAGUUUUGAGCUUCUCUCUUUCUCAGAACAAUUAUCAGUCAUCAUUUUAUCUCACAAAAAAAAAAAAAAAAAAAACAGCGAAUAGCUGACAAACUGCUUUUACAGCCCAGUUCUGUUUCUGUAUCUUUUCCAAAACGAGAAAAAAGUUGCACCAUUUCUUGCUUAUAAAGACUCUUCUUCAAGUU